AAAAAAUAAAAGAAUUGAUUGAAUGAUAUUUUUAAUACAUCGUGUAACUCAGCUUUAAUUGAUAACAAAGAAGACUAUAGUAGAUCUGUAGCUUCCUAAGCUUACUAUUCGAUCCGAAGACUAGCACUGCCAUGAUUGAUUUCGAGCGUCUCUCAUUUCAUGUUACUGGAUUCAAAAUCCUUGUUACAAUGCUAGUGUAUUGAUAUAUGUUAUUUAAAAAUGUGUUCACUGUUGAAAUCAAUGUUUUUAUAGUGUGAAUUUAUAGUGUAAUUAAAACAAUGUGUUUUUAUAUUCCAAAACUAAUGAGAGAAAAGUGUCGUUGUGUAGCCAAGACUUGCCAAACGGGAAAGAAGUUCAAUGGCUAGUUACUUUAUACAUAAUAUUAGGCCAGUGACUGAAAGGCAAUUCCUUUUUCCUAGUUUUGUGUAUCACUUGAAUCGGAUAAAGUGAGAGGAGACAAGAUGGUGGUGGACUCGGGGAUGCGACACUUGAACAAGUUGCCUCCAACGGGAAUGACCCCAAAGGAGUUGUCAGACAAUGACGAUCUGGCAACAUCGCUUGUACUCGAUCCCUAUCUGGGAAUAGUUACACAUAAGAUGAAUAUAAGGUAUCGCCCUUUAAAAGCCGACAAAGAAGAACUGAAAAAAAUAAUUGGAGAUUUCGUUAAAACGCAAGAUUAUGGGAAAACGUAUUCAAAGUUGUUGGCGGGAGACUGGAUGCCCAGGAGUCCCACUCAUCUUAGAAAUAAGCUUCAACAACAUCGGCUUGAGGAGCAUAUUUAUCGAUAUUUGAGGGUGUUUGACAAGGACUCGGGGUUUGUUAUAGAGCCGUGUUACAGAUAUUCACUGGAGGGUCAGCAGGGAGCCAAAAUUUCUGCCACUAAGAAAUGGUUUAAAAACGAAAAAAUCUCCUCACUGGUCGGCUGCAUAGCAGAACUAACGGAAGAGGAAGAGGCUCAGCUACUGCAUCCGGGUAAAAAUGACUUUUCAGUCAUGUUCAGUUGUCGCAAAAACUGUGCUCAGCUUUGGCUCGGACCAGCUGCUUUCAUCAAUCACGAUUGUCGAGCUAACUGCAAGUUUGUUGCAACUGGUCGUGAUACAGCUUGCGUGAAAGCACUGAGAGAUAUUGAGUGCGGCGAAGAGAUCACCUGCUUCUAUGGCGAGGACUUCUUUGGUGAGGGCAACGAGUACUGUGAAUGUGAAACAUGCGAGAGGAGAGGUACCGGUGCUUAUGCUAAGGACAAACAAUCUAAGACUGAAGAGACGGCGGUGGUGAACGGCUACAGGCUGCGUGAGACUGAUAAUCGAAUAAACCGGACAAAACGCUGCGACAAGCCGCCGUCGGCUGCCAACAAGACGGACCGCCAACAAGAUGGACCACCUCCACCGCGAUUAGAGAGUCCACCACCUCCACCCUCCUCGCCACCGCCUGCACACACGCCACUCAGCAUACGUGAGCUGCGGCAAAAGGGUAUGACCAAGUACGACGCCGAAAUACUCAUUGCUCAGGGCUGCAAGUUCUCCGAUCCCAACGGCAAGAUGUCAACAGCCAGAGAACAUCCUCCGUCGGAGAGUGAGACUGACACGAACCGCGCCCUGAGACUGAGGCCGCAGCGCCGCAAACGUGAGUCGACCAGUGACGAGUGUCCACCCUUACCUCCCGACCCUCCCUCCGUCACCAAACGCAUGUCCCUGCGAAACCACAAACGCUUAUCAGAACCUGUGAUAGACUCAUCAACUGUGAUGCGCGAAAAAGUGAACAAUAGCAACAGCGAGCUUGACAACCGAUUAAAUGUCAGAACUACAGUGGAUGCGAAAGAAUCUGCGGUCAGCGUUCGAGAAGCCAAAACAAAACGAACUGAAUCGUCAAAAAAGGAAAACGACAACUUGUCGUCGUUUGCGUCGAGGUGUAGGCAAACAAUAUCUAGGAAAAUUGAGUCUGAAGAGAGAAAGAGUGUUGUGCGUCAUGCUAACGGUCGGUUCGCCAGUACGACCCGCAAGUCGUCAAUCUGUGGUGUAAAAAACAACAUUUCAACUAGUGAUUUGAUAGAGAAUUCAAUUGGGGAAGGUGUAGAGUGUUCGAAAGUGGAAAGUGAAAAGCCGGUGGGAAAUAAAAAAGACGUGUACGAGUUUGACGAUCAGGACGAGGGUGGGGAGAGUGAGCCGGUGACGUUGCGCCGUGCAGUGGCGACGCCGACGCCCCCGACGCCCAAGGCGCCACCGCUCAAGCUGACUCUGCGCAUGAAGCGCAGUCCCGUGCUCGACGAGGUCAUCGAGUCUGGCAUCAGCUGGAGCGAGGACUCGUACGAGCCAGAGUACGAGGUGUUGCGAGUCGAGGGUGUCGACAACCACUUGGAGGAGGCCGGCGUCGGCGCACGGGUGCGACGCAAGAAGAAGCGCAAGAGCAGAGACCGCGAGAAGCGGCGUCACAAGGGGGAGGGCGAUUACUCGUCGUCACCUAGCCCCCCCUUGGUGUCGCGGCCCCCCCUCAAGCGAGUCAAGCUGAUAUUCGGCGACGAGAGCCGCACCAUCGACAUUCCCUCGUUGACUGAAGCCACGUCGGUCACCUGAUGAUGGGCCCGCCCCCGGAGGCGACUGCCGCGUUCCCGCCUCCGCAUCCGGGCACCGCAGUGUCGCCACUGUUUCUGCCAAUCUGCCUAGUUUGCUGCUGCUGCUGCUGCUGCUGCUGUUGCUGCUCUCAAAUGUACAUUUCUAUUGUCUACUGUGAUUGGCACAGAUUAUUUAUCACUGCUUCAUCAGCAAUAAUUUACUGUUUAUUGGUCAGCCAUUGGGCCUGGCACACAUCACAAUCAUUCUUAUCUUUUAUAACAUAUUACAAAACAUCAAUGAAUUUGGACAACCUUUUUAAAUACUGAUCAAAAACUUUAUCCUAAGCUGAGAGAAUUACUCUAUCUCAUCCUAUUCCUAUUUUCGACCUGAAAAAUAAAUUUUUCCAAAAUACAAAAAACCUUCCCAUGUUUGUAACGCUAAAUCUUAUACGUUAAAUAGGAAAAAACGCACAUAGAUUGACCUUCCAAUACGUAAGGAUUAUUCCAAUCUCAAUUCAACAAAAAGUUAUUAUCACAUACCCAAGUUUGUGUGUGCUUCAUCCGGGCUCAAUGUGAUAUUAAACGACCCAAACUGAUAAAAACUGAAUGUUUCAAAAAAAUUAAUUUUCUAUUUAUCUAAUCCUUGAUGUGAUUGAUCAAUAUUGUUUUUAUUAUUAUUUAGUUACUACUACUAUAUUUUUUGUUGAUCGUCAAGAAAAUAUCAAUUCUAGUGGCCCUUGGAAACAAUUUUGACUAAUGCAGUUCAUGCAUUAUUGAAUUUUGUUUCUCUGGAAUUUUCAGAGUAGGCUAGUUACAUUCUUCGUAUAGUUUGAAAUAAAUCUAUUGCAUUAAAGCAAUAUUGUUGCUAUCGAAGCAUCUAAAUUCUCAAUGAAUUGAUAGGCAGUAAAAUGCUAACUCUGAAGCAGUAGAUAAUGUGUCCCCUUCGUAAAAAUUACUUAGGUUGUAAAUUUAGUGUAAAAAAGAAUCAAUCCUUCAAUGUACACAAUUCUGUUAACUUGAUAAAUUGAAAAUCUUGCAGAUAGUUUUUCUGUUAUGUUUAUAUCUCGUUUAUGAAUUUUAAGAGAUAGAUCACCCAAUCGCUAUAAGCUAAUUUGUUUUAAAAAAGUUUACUAUUGCAGGCGAUUGUAACAUAUAGUCAAGUCCACGUUCUUAUGGCAGUUUGAUUAGCAUUGAUUUUGCUGUCUUUGUUUAUCAUUCGACAAAGCAGUUAGCGCCUUCCUUUUCUACCUCUGCAACGUUUCCAAAUCGUUUUUCAAUUUUGUAGGAAUAUAAUUAACAAAAUGUUUAAUCUCAAUUAUGAAAAUUAUUAUAAAACCAUUGAAACAUGACUGUAUUUCGUGGGCAAAUAUAAUAUUAUCGAAUAUAUCAAACAGAAAUGAGCAGUUAAUAUUCAAUCAGAUAUACCGUUAUCAGCUAUAUUUUAUACAAGAGGAAGGCAUUAGCAAGGUAGAGAAUUGGCAACGCUGUUCUCCUAUCUUUCUCCACUGCCAUUAUAACGUCAACCUCACUAUAGUGAGAUAAACACUAUAAAGUCUGUGGAAAUGAUAGGGACGCUGCAACAUUUCGAGUUUCCACCGUCUUCUAGACGUACAUAGCUGUCAUUCAUUUAGUCCGAUAUAAGUGAGUGAAAUAAUAUUAAUUUUUGAAUCUUGAUAUUUUGAAUGAUCAAUUCUAAUUCUGUCUUGAAUAUAUUCUUUUCAUCAAGAAAAUAUAUUUAUUCUAAUUUAAUAAUGCAUUUCUUUAAUAAUUAAGAUUGAAAAUACUGGUUGUUAAUUAUAUAUCGUAGAGUACCGUGCAAACAAUUUGGCAUCAUUGCUGAGGUAGAAAAGAAUAGAGCUAUGUGCUUUGUCUAAUGACAGACAAGGACAGAAAAUUAAUUUUAAUCAGGUACUAACUUUAUAUCGUUGAUAUCACGAUAGAAAUAAAUUUGCUGUAAUUAGUCUCGAAUCUGUCUCGGUUCUAUAAUGUGAAUUAAGUCUUUUUUGUCUCAACUCUUGACUGAUGAAGUGCAUUUUUCAUGUCACUCAUUUGAAGAUUUGCAGUGUAUGGUACUUUUGUACUUUUAUUAUUAGGAGUGAUGCCCUAUAAUUUUGUUCAGUAACUUCCUUUGUCAAUUUUUAUUUUGGUGCAAUAAGGAUAUUUUAUUGGAUCAUAGAUUAUAAUAUCCAAAAAUAGGUUGAAAAUGGCACAAUAAUAUUGUUAUUUCUAAUACUGUAUUGAUUAUCGUAGAUAGUUGAUAUAGUGAAGUAGAGGAAAAUAUUUUCAAAUUAUUUAUCUGAUCUUCGAUAUUAUUUAUACCAUUGAAUCAUGAAUAUUGUAUAUUUCCUACACUUACUAAAAUUAGUUUUCAAUUACAUUAUGUGAAUUUAUUAUAUCAGUUUGAAUUUAACUGAUGGAAUUUACAUAUUUGCAAAUUUUAAUCAUUCGUUUAAACUAUUUCAUAUACGGUACUAUUAGUGUCAAAAAGUUGCCGGAUUCUAUCUCUGGGGACAGACUUUAACUCUUAACUAGGAAUAUUGUUCUCUGCAACAUUUGAUUCUGUAGUCGAGACCAAUGUGCUGCGGCGCAAGUGUUGUGGUUUCCUACCACAUUGAUUACUCAUCUCUUUACCUCUCUUCUAACUUAUGAAUAAAGAUAGAAAGAUUCUGAUUUUGAUCCAGGACCCCCAAAUUCUACAUGUUCAAGUUAGAUUUCCGACAAUAGCCAAAAAUAAGGGAGUUUUGGUUACAUAUUACGAGGGUUAUCUCUAAAGUAAAGACCGUUUAGUUGUAAAAAAAUAUGUUCAAACAAAGUGAUACAGAAUGAAAUACACAACUUACAUUAGUGCUCUACAUAGUCACCAUAUGAAUUGAGACAUUUGUCAUAGCGAUUCACCAGCUUUAAUAUACCCUCGUCGUAUUCUUCUGCCGCCAGUUCAUUUAGCCAUCGAUUCACGGCAUCUUUGAGUUCGUCAUCACCCGCGAAUUGCUUACCUCCCAAAAAUUCUUUCAAUUUGCCAAACAAAUGGUAAUCUAAAGGUGCCAAAUCUGGACUGUAUGGUGGGUGACUGAAAAUUUCCCAUCCAAAUCUGUUCAGUAAAUCGAGCGUCUUACCAGCCACAUUUGGGCGAGCAUUAUCGUGCAACAGUAUGAUGCCGUCGGUUAGUUGUCCGCGGUGGCGAUUCUGAAUGGCACGCCGUAACUUGAAGAGUGUUUCACAGUAAUAUUCUGCAUUUACAGUCGUUUUCACCAUACACAGUAACCAACUGCCUAUAAAUUUCGACCGGUUUAACGUUUUGAUGGUUUAAAAAACGUAUCACUCCACGAAUUUCACAAUCAGCGGCAACAUCAAUUGUCUCAUUCAUUUCUAAACGCUAUAACUGAAACGUAAAUAAAGAUAGAACAACGCGACAAAUGGCAGACAACAAUGCAGUGUGUAUAUUACGAGACUGGAUUCAGCCGACACAGGUUAGCCAACCUCACGGCGAGAAAUUUCCCAACGGUCUUUACUUUAGAGAUAACCUCUCGUAUAUUUUAUAGUGCUGAAGAACACUAGAGCUCUGUUGUAAGAUAACGUCUACGAUGUCAUUGCACCCAUUUCAUUGUCAUUCCAUGCAGUUUGCGCCGACAUGGAAACAACAGACGAAAAGUUGGAAAAAUUGCUCUAACGUACCGGCACAGCUCUCCGUGUUAUUAUAUUGCAAAUUGCCAGAUUGGAAACUAGGCUUUAACAAUUGCCUGUCCAUUAUCAAUACAGUUAUAAAUUGCCUUAACAAUUGUAACUGAGAAAUAAGUCCUCUGCUAAUUAGUACUAAAAAUGGAGGAAAAACUCUACUUGAAAUCUCACCGCUUGUCUUUGAUGAUAAAAGGAAGCUCUUAAACUCUAGCAGUACUAUUGAUACGAUAUUAUAUUAUGAUAUACUUCAACAAUUACAAAUCCAUUUUUUUAUUAGGUAAAAAUAAAUUUGUUUCAUAUUUAUUGAGCUUUAAAGCGUAAAACCUACGCUAAUAUAGGAUAGUUAUAAAACUCAUUACAUCACAUUUCAAAAAUGAAUAAUUUUUUUUUUAUUUGGUAAAACAUACUCUUUAUAUGUCAUUUUAUGAUGUGCAAAUUUGUUUUGAGUACUUAGCUUGUAAUUUUAUUUAUGUAAGUUAUUACUGUGUUAAUUUCAGUGUGCUACAUGAAAUUUAUUGAAAUAAUUUCAAAUGACUGUGGUUCGUAGCCCACCUAAAACUGUAUCUUCAUUCAUCUUUUAUUGUCAUAUAUCUGUUUAUUACCUUUACACAGUUCAGAUUAACGUAGACACAAGAACCAUGAUUUCAUUAUUUAUAAAAUCGUCUGUAAUGUCUAGUCAAAUUUAGUUGAAAAUGAUGAAUGCAAUUUUAUAAUAUUUCUACUUUGAUCUACUUGAAGUAGAUAGUGGUUCACAUACAAUAUUUAUUGUUUUUCUUGACCUGUAUUUUACAAUACCAUUCCUAUUGGUUUGGAUUUCUUUGUAUUUAUUUUUAAUAGUAAUUUUUAUUGCAUUAUCACUUUCGAAUAUGAUUGUUUGUAACGUCCCAUGAGCCAUGACUAUAUCGUUGGCAGGCUCAAGCUGGUUUUACUCUAUUACUCUUAAAAUCAUCCAUUUAAUUUCGAGAAGAGUGGUCAUGAAAUCAUUGUUAUUGAUGAGAUUACUGAUCACCUACCAUUUUUUCAUAUCUUAGCUGUGUUAUUUUAAAUCAAAGUGAAGAAAACUGAAAACAUUUUCUAGUGUUAUAGAAUUUCUUAGGAAUAUAUUACUAUGUUUAUGCUAAUGUUGUGAUUGAAGCCUAUUGCACGUUUUUCUACUUACAAAAAGUAUCUUGAAAAUCAACCAAUCCUUUGUUUCAUUCAAUUCAAUUCCAAAUGUUUACAAGGUUUAAUAAGUUUUUUACUGAAAUAUAUGAAUUCUAUGAUGUCUACCGUUAUUAAAACUUUCUUCAUUCGACUAGAUAGGAUUAAGAUGUUGAAAAUUGUACGGAGCUUGCUCCAUUCAAUUAACAGUUUAAAUUGUUUUGUUAUUUAGAAAAUACUCACUACCCUAUUCUUGAGAAGAUUUCUUGAUCUUAAUGCUUUUCUUCAUUGAGUUAGUUUGUUCAAAUUCUUGUUAGUUGAAUUAAAAAAUAAUAGAAUCUAAAUAUAAACGCACUUGAUUCUAGUUUUACUGACUGAAUCGUUUAUUGUAAAUACAGUAUUCGAUAAAUAUAAAUAUUGAGACAUGGAUAAAAAUAAUUCAACUAAUGUAUUGUUCCUAUUAUAGCAUCAGUCAUAAAUUGUAAUCAAUUCUCUGAUCGUACUCUUAGCAUUCAUUUAAUAAAGAUGAUCUAUAAGUUUUCUAAAAA